GUAUAUACUGCAUCUUUUGCCUUCUUCGAGGCCCUCUGGGAGGGCGGCGUAAGCCAUGUCUUCGUCAACCUCGGUUCCGACCACCCUUCCAUCUUGGAGGCUAUGGUGAAAGGUCAGAAGGAGAAAAGGGACCAAUUCCCGAGAAUAAUUACUUGUCCCAAUGAGUACAGACUAACACAAGCUGUAAAGAUGGUCGCACUCUCAAUGGCCGAUGGCUACGCUCGCUUGACCGGUAAACCACAAGCUGUGAUCGUACACGUCGAUGUCGGAACACAAGGACUGGGCGCAGCAGUGCACAAUGCUUCCUGCGGACGUGCGCCAGUCCUGAUCUUUGCGGGUCUUUCCCCUUACACAAUUGAAGGCGAGACUCGCGGCUCGCGAACCGAAUAUAUCCAUUGGAUCCAAGAUGUCCCCGAUCAAAAGCAGAUCGUCUCGCAAUACUGCCGGUAUACAGGGGAGAUCAAGUCUGGCAAGAAUGUGAAACAGAUCGUCAACCGAGCACUGCAAUUCGCAACUAGUGAUCCCCAGGGCCCUGUUUAUCUAAUGGGAGCUCGUGAAGUGAUGGAGGAGGAUAUUGAGCCUUAUCAGCUCAAUCAGAGUAAUUGGGGCCCCGUGGCACCGACUGCACUACCUCCUUCGGGGAUUGAAUUGAUCACGGCUGAGCUUGCGGCUGCUAAGAAUCCACUGGUGAUUGUGGGAUAUACUGGCCGCAAUGCUCAAUCAGUGACGGAGCUGGUGACCUUGGCCAACCAUUUCAAGGGUAUCCGAGUCUUGGACACUGGUGGCAGUGAUAUGUGCUUCCCAGCUGAUCAUCCUGGGUGGCUCGGCUUGCGGUACCCCGGACAUGACCUCGUGAAGACGGCCGAUUUCAUCCUCGUAAUCGAUUGCGAUGUGCCUUGGGUGCCGACGCAGUUCAAGCCCUCUGCUUCCGCGAAGAUUAUCCAUAUUGAUGUGGAUCCAUUGAAGCAGCAGAUGCCUGUGUUCUACAUCCCAUCCAUGGCUACGUUCCGUGCUGAUUCGGCCACGGCUCUGAGACAGCUCAAUGAGCAUAUUGCCAGCAACAGUUCGCUUCAGCAGUUUGUAAGCUCAAGCGAAAACAGUUCAAUGGGCCAACUGCGUGAGCAAGACUAUGUGAAACGCCGUAAGGAAAUUGCCGAUUUGGCGGUAGUUCCAGCAGGUGGCGAUAGUGCUCCUCUUAAUAUCUCCUAUAUGAUGGCGCAAGUUCGCAAGGGUGUCCCCUUGGAUACCAUCUGGGCAAUUGAAUCUGUGACGCUCACCCAUCAAGUUUCGGAUCAGGUUGGUGCUACACUGCCGAACUCCUGGAUCAACUGUGGUGGAGGAGGCUUGGGUUGGUCUGGCGGUGGUGCCCUGGGUAUCAAGCUUGCUUCCGACGUGCAACAUGGUGGCCCUGGCAAGGGCAAAUUUGUCGUCCAAGUUGUAGGAGACGGGACUUUCUUGUUCUCUGUUCCUGGAUCUGUCUACUGGAUCGCACGGCGGUAUCAGAUCCCUGUUCUGACUAUCGUGCUGAACAACAAGGGAUGGAAUGCACCCCGACGAAGCAUGCUACUAGUCCACCCUAACGGGGAUGGAUCGCGUGCUACAAAUGAAGAUUUGAACAUCUCAUUUGCCCCGACACCGGAUUAUUCGGGCAUUGCUAAAGCUGCAGCAGGUGGCGAGCUGUGGGCUGGUCGAGCUUCUACUGUUGCUGAGUUAGCUCAGAAGCUGCCGGAGGCCAUUCAGAGCGUGUUGAAUGGCAAAGGCGCGGUCCUGGAGGCACAGCUGGAUGGAACUGCGGGCAAAUAUGUCGAGCGCUCAAACCUUUAG